CCACAAACGCUACUCCAGUCCAGGGGGCCAAGCGUUACCAGCCGUUGAUCUGCAAUCUCUCGGAUCCUGUCGAUUUGCAUGGCAGCUUUCACGUUUGCCCUUCUGCGGACUGUCGCUCUUGCUGCCGUUGAGCUGUCGAGCAGCUUGUCGUCGUCGUCCUCUUCAUCCUCGGAAGAUAUUACUUCUAUUGCCCGGAGCUUUCGCUGGACCCAGUACGCCAGAGUUCGGGGACCUGACUCCAUUAGUUCCUGCUCCGAUUCCUCCGACUCCAUCAUCUCCACGGAUCUCGCCUCCCCCUCUUUCCCCUCCGUCGCAACGUCCUCCGGCUGCUCCUCCUCCUCCUCCUUCCCCGAGGAGAACGAAGCCGAUGUGGUUUUGGAUGAGGUGCAAAAAGAGGAGGAGAGGGACAAUGAAAGCAUUGAUCUAGCUUACAAUCUGAUUCCGGUAGCGCAUGUCCCUGGGUUGUCGUCGGCCGGUCCGUCAGGCAGCCAUGCCACCCACGUGUCGCCGUUAGUAUUAGUCAAGGAGGAGGAGGAGGAGGAGGAAGAUGGCAAUGGGAAGGAGGAAGGUGGCGAUGGGGAGGAGGAGGACGACGAGGAGGAAGAGGAGGAGGAGGAAGGUGGCGAUGGGAAGGAGGAAGAUGGCAAGGGGGAGGAGGAGGAGGAGGAGGAAGAUAACAAUGAGGAGGAGGGGGAGGAGGAGAAGGAGGAUGGCAAUGGGGAGGGGGAGGAGGAUGGCGAUGGGGAGGAGGAGGAGGAUGGCGAUGGGGAGGAGGAGGAGGAUGGCCAUGGGGAGGAGGAGGAGGAUGGCAAUGGAAAGGAGGAGGAGGAUGGCGAUGGGGAGAGGGGGGCUAGAAAACACUGGGGAGUGUCGUCUUCCUCCUCCCCCCCAUCACCAGUUUCCUCCUCCUCCCCAUCGUGAUCUUCCUCCUCCUCCUCCUCCUCCUCCUCCUCCUCCUCCCCAUUGCCAUCUUCCUC